GCAGUAUUACUGAUUUUUACACAUGGUAGAUGAAAUACCUCAAGAUAGUUUGGCAAAUAAAUCACCCAUUUUAGAAAUUCAGAAUGAGCUUAAUCAUUUCCUGGCAUCUCUUCAAGAACAUUCAAGUGAUGUGACAAUAUUUGAAAAAUAUCACAAAAGUUUGGAGAUUUUAUCAGAUAAGGAAAAUUAUGACAUUCAAAAAAACACACAUUCAAACAUACAUGUUGGAUUGAAUAGUCAAGGUUUGGGUCUCAAGGAUUGCUUGUCAAUAUUAGAAGAGUGCAUUAUAGGUUCAUCUUAUGAGCAUGUAAAUGAUGAAGAAAUCAUACCUAUUCCCAUAUACACAGGUUUUACUCUGACAAAUGAAAAUAAUUUAUUUCUGGCUAGGGGACCUAAUGCAUCCCAAGAUCGAACUUUACCACUCUUAUGCGAAUUGAUAGCUACCUAUUUAUUUUAUAUUUUGUCAUCAAGUCAUGAAUGCUACAAAAAUUUGUGGUUCAAAUUGAAAGGGGACUUGGAGAGGUGGAUAAUCGAUAUCUAUUGCUCAAAUUCUUCCUUGGCACAUUUCUGUCUCUUUCAUUCCUUACCUUCACUCUCCUAUUUGCCACAUGGCAACCCAAACUUCAAUAAGUAUAUUUCUAUUGGCGUUUCAUCUAAAAUCGCCAUCCGCUUUAAUUACCCCCGACACGAUACUCUCGGUUAUUCGGCAUUCAUUAAAAAUCCACCGGUCAUUUAUAUGACCGAUACUCCAACUAAUAGGGAUCUGGGAAGAUGGCUGGCCAAAGAGUUAUCCUUUGGCCCGGAAAAUUUUACUUUCGUUGCUUGCCGAGAAAUUGUAAACCAAGAAGAAAUUAGUCCAACUACCGUUUACGAUUUGCAAGCUCUUGAGGAAGCCUUGAAAAACGACGUAGAAUUUGCUCAAAAAAUCCCUGUAUUCCUAGUGGCCUAUACCUCCACACCGCAUUUUGCAGAAAUGGACGAUAUCGAAAAAAUAUUUCAAAUUUGUCAGAAAUAUUCUAUUUGGUUGCACCUUGAAGGCGAUAAUUUAGCUUACCUACCAUUGUUUCCUGAUUCUGCAGCUAUGUCUGCCCAAAUUCAAAAUGAAAUUCCAAUUGAUGUUGCUAAUACUAAAAAAUUUUCAGAAAAUUCAGAAUCUUCGAUUAAAAAAACGCAAUCAUGUAAACUCGAUUUCUUUAAUAGUCUUCACUUGCCUCUCAAUCAAUGGCUGGGUCUGACCAACAUGCCUGACGCUACCUUAAUCAACAAGCCCCUGGAUGAUGAACGCCUUACCAUGCAACGCGGUGAUCAUUUAUCAAAUUCUGUGUAUUUGAGAAACCUGUCAAUCAAUGACAAUCAGGCUUCAGACAAAGAACUCAUUGCUUCUUUUAAUACAGAAAAAAUAUCCUCCGAAAAUGAUCACAUGGAUACCGGAGUUUUAUUGUACCAAUGGCUAAGCUUGAGAAAUCUCGGGCUAGACGGGGUCAAAAGACAUGUGGGAAGGUUUUCCCUACUUGGGAGACAGAUGAUCGACCGCCUGAAGACGUUGCCUGAAAUAGAGAUAGCGUCCGAAUCGAUGAAUGGCGCCUAUUCAUAUGUGAAAAAGUUAAGUCAAAGCAAUAUUUCACCUUCCGCCUCCCUGAAGAGUAUCAAUACUGUUACAACACUCAAUAACAGCUUGGAUGCUAAUCCUCUUUACGCUAAGGAAUACGUUAGAGAUCCUAAUAUUUUAGCGUUCAUGGAGUUUUUAGAUGGUCAUAAAUCUUCCGUCAUUUUUAGAUACAAAUUUCCAGAGACAAAAAUGCUCAAUUCUACUGUCGAUUUUCCAAAACCGAUAUUGAUCUCAGGACGAUCGGAUAUUCUACAAUCUGAUGCAGCGGAUAGCAAAUCUAAUCUUAGGGCCGAAAAAAUUAAUGGGGAGUAUUUAAAUUCCCUCAAUACUUGGUUGGCACAAAUUAUGAACCGUGAAAUUCCUCAUUUCCAUCUUAGAUUGGUUCAGAAAGAAGGGUCUACCAAGGUGUUUAUUCAAUGCAAUUUUGUGCGAACCUUUGCAGCCCAAAAUAUCGACACAUUAGCGGUAGACGAAUUUUGCGCCAAAAUAGUUGAAAAGAUAGAGAUAAUGACGGCAACUCAUCGAAAACGACAUCUCGAACUGGCACAAAACUUGUCCAAUUACCCCAACCUCAAAUUAGUCGACUUGCCAUAUUGGGCAGGCUUAGGGGCCGUUCAUUACGUCCCGAAUAUUUGGUUAGGCGGCAAAAGCCAGAAUCUGCCAAAAUUAAUGGCGCAAGCUCUUAAUAAAUUGAACGAAGAAUUAGUGAGCCAACUCAAUAUGAGGGAUUCAGCGUUCGCGAUAAGUAAAAUGGAAAAUGGCAUGUCUUGCGUGGGGUUUGGAAUGAUAACCAAGGAAACCAACAUACAAGAACUUGUUAAAUUAGUAGCAGAGUUGGGAGCCAAAGUUGAAGAGGAUAUUAAAUUACCCGAAAAAUUAUCCGAUAUUAUAACUGGGAGCAUCAAAGCCGUAAUUCACGAUCUGGAGAAAGAAAACGAACAAAAAUUUUAUCAAGAGGGUGUUUUAAGACACGUGCCAGGGUUAGGUUCCUUGAUGAACUGGUGGAGUCCUUGCAAACCUCUUGCUAUCAAAGGAAAAUCUUUUGAUCUAGAUUCAGGCAAAAUAGAGGAUUCAGAAAAGAGGGCUUAUCUAUCCAACAUGCAUUCACUUCACUUGUCUACACAUCCAAUAGCAGCUAAUCAACAAUCAACUGAUCUAAAUGAAAAAAACGAAAGAUGAAAUAAAAGUUAUCUAGAAAAUUAGGAACGCUACAAAGAAGGAUAAUGCUAAAAUUAUACUUGAUUAAUGGGGUUUUUUUGAAAAAGUAAAUCUUAACCUAGAUUUUGGUCAAGUAAAAGUUUAAAAUCUGUAAAAAAAAAAAUUCUAUAAUAUUAAGUACACUCAUUAUUAAUUAUUAUAUAUAAAAAAUAUAUAUGAACAGCUUGUAA